GGUGUAUGCAUGACACCAACCAGUACCACAUUAACAGUCUUUACAGCAAGAUUUUCAGAGAAGGCAAGAUGAAUCUUGUACGAUGGGCUUUCUGCACUAAAAAUUAGCUUUCAUAGCACGUCAUGUAGCUAUGAAACAAUUUGAAACUGAGCAUUAGCUGUUUAAAUCAUUCUGCAUUCUUAUUUUUUCACAAACCAUACUUUUUAAUGCAUUUUGCGUCUAAGGUUAAUGAAAACCAAAAAAUUAAAGAAAGGGGGUUGGAACAGACACCACCUUCUUUGGGGGGCAAACGCUGUUGUUUUCCAGCUGGCAGAGCUGAAUGAGAUCGCUUGGAGCUUGUGACCGCCAUGCCCACGUUUCAUUGGAUGCCCUGCUUUUCAGCAGAGGCUUCUUUAAUGUGAAGAAUUUGUGUAGCAGCAAAACCAUGUAGAGCAGCAGGCUGCGUCUGAAGAGAUCCGCACAAGGAUUAAGGGACUUCACCGGAAGUGUCAGAUCCAGUCCUCGCACUGGGAGCAUGACGAGCAUCUUCACUCUCCCCUGCUGAGGACCAAGCCAUCGCUGGUGUACUGCACUCAACAUAGCAGCACCACCAAGGACCGGAGACAUGCUCUGUGCCCUGAGAAGGGAAGUGAAGAAGAGUGUAGAAGACAGCCCUUACUAUAAGGGAAACAAGAACUCCACAGCAUCUGAUGAUCGGCUAUCCAGCUUAAAACAAAGUGUUCAAGAAGAAUGUCGGGGAGUGACUACGGUGGAACUCAGCCGCAAGGAUGGCAGCACGCUGGGCCUGACUGUGUCAGGGGGCACAGACAAGGAUGCCACCCCCAGGGUGUCCAAGCUGAGGCCCGGGGCACUAGCUGCCAGGAGUGAUCAGCUGAAUGUGGGGGACUACAUCACAUCUGUAAACGGCAUCCACCUUGCCCGGCUGCGGCAGGAGGAGAUCAUCAGCCUGCUAAAGAACGUGGGAGAGCGUGUGGUGCUCGAGGUGGAGUAUGAGCUGCCCCCUGCUGCUCCAGACAGUAGCUCAGACUCAAUUCCCAAGAUCAUCGACAUACGCUUGCGAAAAGAAGACAGCAGCUGUGGCUUUGUCAUGCGAGGUGGUUUUCAUGAAGAGUGGCGUAAGUCACGCCCCCUAGUGGUUACCUAUGUGAGACCAGGAGGUCCAGCCGACCGAGAGGGGACAGUGCAUGUGGGGGACCGCAUUCUGAGUGUGGAUGGGAUGCCGGUACACAACAAGAGCCACACAGAGGCGCUGAGCAUCCUAAUGUGCAGCGGCGCAGAGGUCCUUCUGCAGAUUGAAUAUGACGUGGCCACUGUAGAUACGACGGGCAGCUCGGGACCCCGGCUGGUGGAGAUAGAGAAGGCUCCUGGGGCAUCUCUGGGGAUCAGCCUGGCGUCUGCAGCACACAGGGACAAGCAGGUCAUUGUCAUAGAGAAGAUUAAGGCAGCCAGUGCUGCAGACAGGUGCGGGGCACUGCGUGUCGGUGAUCAUGUCCUGUCCAUCAACGGCACCAGCACAGAUCACUGCUCGGUCCUGGAGGCGACACGCCUCGUAUCCAGCUCUACCAACCAAGCAAGCUUGGAGAUCCUGCCCAGCAGACCACGUGAAACUGUGAAGGUGCAGCGGAGUGAGCAGCACCACUGCUGGGACCCCUGUGUGAGCUACUGCCAUGGCCAGCACCCUGGCCAGUGUAAGGCUGCCUGGGGGGGCUCCAGCAACCAAGCCUCCCAGGAGCCCUGCAAGUCAUCCAGCAACAUGUCACCCGCCUCCAGCAGCACGUCAGGCCUGGGCAGCCGGCCCUCCUGCCCUGCGCCGUGUCCCAUCUCCCCUGCCUGCUCCAUCCUGCCCACCAGCCCCCACAGCUCCAUGCUGAGCAGAAGGCAAAGGGUCAAGGAGCACAAGAGCUCUUUGUCCUUGGCAUCCAGCACUGUGGCUCCAGGGGGUCAGAUUGUCCAUGCUGACACCUGUGAUGUCACCAUACUGGGAGACGCCCUCAAUGGUUUUGGCCUUCAGCUGCAGGGGGGUGUUUUUACCACAGAAACUCUGAGUGCCCCCCCAGUAAUCCGCUCCAUCGGCCCCCACAGCCCUGCAGAGAGGUGUGGACUGCUUCAGGCCGGUGACAGGUUGCUGUCCAUCAAUGGCAUUUUGACUGAGGAUGGAACUCUAGAAGACACAAAUCAGCUUCUACGGGAUGCUGCUCUAACCAGUCGUGUGACGUUGGGAAUCGAGUUUGAUGUGGCAGAAUCUGUAGUGCCCAGCAGUGGUACUUUUAAUGUAAAGCUACCCAGGAAGCGAGGUGUGGACCUCGGGAUCACCCUGAGUGCAAGUAAAAAACCUGGGCAGCCUCUCAUCAUCUCAGACGUCAGGAAGGGCAGCAUAGCGCAGAGGACGGGUACUCUGGAGCCAGGGGACAAGCUGCUGGCUAUUGACAACAUUCGGCUGGAAAACUGCACUAUGGAUGAAGCUUUGCAGCUCCUCCAGCAAUCAGAUGACCUUGUCAAGCUGAAAAUCCAAAAAGAUGAGGACAAUGCUGAUGAGCAGGACAUGUCUGGCUGCAUCAUCUACACUGUCGAGCUGCAGAGAUUCGGCGGCCCACUGGGGAUAACCAUCUCCGGAACUGAAGAACCUUUUGACCCGAUUGUUAUCUCGGGUCUUUCCAAGAGGGGUCUUGCUGAGAGGACUGGAGCCAUCCACAUAGGCGACCGCAUUCUGGCUCUCAAUGGUGUGAGUCUGAAGGGGAAACCGCUGAGCGAAGCCAUCCACCUGCUGCAGAUGGCAGGAGAAACGGUCACUCUCAAGAUCAAGAAGCAAAUAAAUGAGCUUGGCACAGAAAGAAAGAAAUCUGGAUUGAUAAAUGAUGUAGCUGAUGAUGACAACUCCCAGAAGUCUAGUAGACUGUCUGAGAUCUAUUCUGGCACCAUUCCAAGUGUGGAUUCUGCAAUGGAAUCCUGGGAUGGUUCUGGAUCCAGCACUGAUGUUGGUGGUGGAGGUCCAGGGACCCACACCCAUCUAAUUUCAGAUAUUUCCCUGGAACCUGACGAGUGGCACAGAACAAAACGGAACAAAAAUGCGCCGCCUGCUGGUGGGUGCAAGAAAUGCCCUAUAAGUAAUGAAGAGUUCAGUAACAACAACUGGGACAAGCCUUCUGGAAAUGGUGUACGGAGGCUGCAGAGCAACCUUGCACUGGACCAGCAGGACACGCUCUGGUGCCAGGCCCUGGAGGACCUAGAGACUUGUGGGCAGUCAGAGCUUUUGAGGGAGAUUGAGGCAUCGAUAAUGAGUGGCAGCACCCUCAGUCUGGAUAUGGACUUGCAGAAGUCACAUGACUUGGUGAACCCGCUGAGGAUGAGCAAUGCCAAGAAUAACAACUUCUUGAUUGGUUGUGAGAGUGCCUGGAUGCCUGGCAGCAUAGAGGAAGGCCUAGAGGGCUCCUUGUCUCUAACAGCUCUUGAGCUGCUCAAGGUAACGAUAAUGAAGGAUCCAGAGACUCAAGACUUUGGCUUCAGUCUAUCAGACGGCUAUCUUCAGAGUGGCAUUUUUGUUAAUAUGAUUCGUCCAGAAGGGCCCGCUGAUAAAGUAGGGCUGAAGCCCUUUGACCGCAUUCUCCAGGUGAACCAUGUACGCACAAGUGACUCGGACUGCUGCCUGGCUGUGCCCCUUAUCACAGACACGGGGGACAAGCUGGAAUUAGUGAUAAGUAGGAACCCGCUGGUUCCGGCGACUCCGGGACAGUUUGUGGACUGUGAGGACCCAUCUGCUACCCAGCUCAAUGCCAGAGAAAGCCAGACACACACUAUACACUUAUAACAUGAGGCAAGGAUGAGCAAUGACUGGACUUUUGUCAUUACGUAUUACUAUGUGUUUUAGUAAAUAAGUAAGGCAUGGCAAGCUAGUGCUUGUAUUGUUGUCUUAUUUAAUUUGACAUCAUCAGUUGUUUUAAUAAUACCGGGAAUAACUGGCGUGAUCUGCAGAUAACAGAAACCUUCCCAGAUACUGAGAGUACUAAGACGGAUGCCAAGUGUGAAGAAUUCUGGGUAGCAAAAAGAACAGCCCCCCUGCUUCUCUCAGCAGCACACUACAGGAGAAAUACUGAAGGGAAACUGCUUAAAACCUUUGGUGAGGAUACCCUUAGUUACUGUACAUAAGUAUGAGAUUAGCUGCUGCUUACAACCAUGUGAACCUUAGCCCUCAAAUUGCCUCCCAAGAGCUGUUCUGUCAUAAUCCAGCACAACCUGCAGAAUGUCAUAGUACAGAGUCACAAUGUGAGGAGUCCACACUUGGGUCAAUCACGAUAUACACUUAUUUGUGUCAGUCAGCACUGUAUUUGUAGCAGUUCACACAAUGUAAAUGUAGUAAAUUAUCAAAGAAAUAGACACACAGGACUUGAGCGCCGUCACCAAAUCACUAAUUAUAAUGGUAAAGCACAAUUUAUUUCUUGAUGUUACUUUGUUAUUGCCUCACAGUCGUUCUUUUCAUUCUUGGUGUGUUUUAUUACUUUAUUAUCACACCAUAUUAGAUUGUCACCUUUUUGUAGCCUCGUUACACAAAUCUCCUGUUAAUCACCAUUUACCAUUUUCUUCUCUGAUUUGUUUGUAGUCUACGCCAGUUUCACUAGGGGGUUCCAUUCAUAUCUGUUCCUACCUCUUAUUCAGUUCCCACAGAAACAGGCCCAUUCAUGUUUUAAUGUUAUAGUAUCGCAGAAAUAUUUUUGAAAAUUUUAAUGUUCACAUAGUCUCAGUCAUGUUUUUGUGUAAAUAUUUCUCAACUGAUUUGUGUUUCAUUGAACUCUUGCACAAAAAUACAUGAUUUGUUCCAAGUUAGAAAAAAAUAGAAGCUCAUAUAUGGAAAAAUGAAAAUCCUUUGCUAUCUGUUACUAUUAAAUAUCAGCGCCAGAAUGUAUUCUAACUGAAUUUUAAAUGUUUUAAAUAAAUAUUUUUAAGGAAA